CGCGAAAUUUUGGCAAACUAGAAUUUGCAUUCUUAAAACAAACAUUUUUCAUACUAAUGGCAGCUUCCUUACGUGGGCUCAGCCCUGAACUCAAGGAAUACCUGAGAGUUAAUCGUCUUCCAGAUAUAUAUGAGGCUUUGCUGUCAGGUUUAAGCAUCAUGUGUCCACAAGACUAUCUAACUUUUAUCUUAGAGAAGUUGAUGUACAUCAAAGAGCAUGGCUUAGACUGCUUGCACUGGGAUAUGUUCAUUGAUGAAGCCAUGAAACCACCUCGAAGGUUUAUUACUGACAGCAAUCUCGACAUGAUCUUCAAUUUUGAAGAUUGGCUUUUGCCAACACCAGAGAUGUAUACAGCUGCUUAUAACCACUACAAUAAUAAACUAAAAGAAAUGUGUUUCUGUGCGAUACUCCAAAACCAUUUGCUGAGAAAGAAGAAAGAGAAAGAACUGCAGGAAAAAAUCAAGAGAGCAGUCAAACAUCACUCCAACCAUUUGUUAAAUGUCCACCUACAAAUUUGGAAGGCUUGGGUAAAAUAUAGGUUGGGGAGACAAGCAAUGUCGUUUCAGAAGCUACAGCAUGUUUUUAAUGUGUCGAUGGGGCGUGUCAUAUUUCAGGCCUGGCACAAGCACACCCUAGAAGCCAGAAAACAAAGAGAAUAUUUCGAGAAACUGAAGAGAUUGGAAAGGGGAGAGAACAUGGAAGAUGAUGAUCUUUUUGGACAAGGAACUGGUGAAGCCAGGGACAGUGUCUCCACACUGCCAUGGAAAAUUGCCAUACAGAUAUUUAGUUACUUGGAUGUGGCAGAUUUAGCACACUGUGCAUGUGUGUGUCGCUUUUGGAAAGUUCUGACACAAGCCAAUCUUUUGUGGAGUAAGAUAAACUUUUCUGUUGUGAAAAAUAGACUUACCAAGGGGGUUACUGACAAAGUGGUGUGUCGCCUCCUGCACAAGGCCCGGCCAUAUUUGAUCCACCUGAACAUGAGGACCUGCCACCAUCUGACCAGGUCCAGCUUCAACAGUGUCAGUGAUUGUCGCAACCUGCAGGACCUGAACCUGUCUGAAUGUGGUGGCCUUGAUGAUGAUGCCUUUAAAACUGUGACCAAAGGCUGUAGGAUACUUCUGUACUUGAACAUAGCCCACACCAAUCUAACUGAUGCCAGUUUAAGGGCAAUCAACAAAAACUGUGAAAAUCUUCAAUACCUGAGUCUGGCCUUCUGCCUCAAGUUUACUGACCGCGGGCUACAGUACUUGUCAUCUGGCAAAUGUCAUGACAAGUUACAGUAUCUUGACAUUUCUGGAUGUUUGCAGAUAACUCCAGAAGGCUUUCAGCACAUUGCUGAUGGGUGCCCAAAGCUUCAAACAUUUUUGGUCAAUGAAUUCCCAACCCUUUUAGAUGACUGUAUGAUGAUCAUUGGUCAGAAGUGCAAGAAGAUCCACACCCUAUCUCUCCUGGGCUGCCCUCUCCUAACGGAUGAAUCCCUGAAGCUGAUAGCUCACAACAAAACACUGCAAGUUUUCAAGAUUGAUGGUAACAAUAGAAUAUCAGACUUAAGCUUGAAGCAGAUAGGUCGUAACUGUCCAGAACUGCGUCACGUCUACUUGGCUGACUGCCAGCGCAUCACUGACGCGACACUCAAGGCUCUGUCAGCGUGUAAAAAUCUUGUGGUGCUCAACCUGGCAGAUUGUGUUCGGAUCAGUGAUUCAGGCAUCAGACAUUUCACAGAAGGCCCAGCAGCCAGCAAGCUGAGAGAACUGAACGUGACCAACUGCGUCAGAAUUGGUGACAUGGCCAUGGUCAACAUACACAAGAGGUGCCACAGUCUGACCUACCUGAAUGUAAAUUACUGCGAGCACAUCAGUGAGGCUGGGAUAGAACUGAUUGGACAGAUACACAGUCUGGUGGCGCUAGAUGUCAGCGGCUGCAACUGUGGGGAUCAGGGGUUGUCAGCUUUAGGACACAACCCACGCUUGCGGGACAUUGUCCUAUCAGAGAGCAGCAGCAUCACUGAUCUGGGGCUACAAAAGUUUGCCCAGCAGUCCAAGGACAUUGAGAGGCUUGACCUGUCACACUGCAUGAACCUAACUGAUGGGGCCAUUAAGAAUUUGGCAUUUUGUUGUCGAAUGAUCACAGUAUUAAACUUGUCUGGAUGCAAACAUAUAACCGACCUGAGCAUCCAGUACUUGUCAGGUGUCUGUCACUACCUCAUCAAACUUGACAUCAGUGCUUGCAUACACAUCAGUGACAAAGCCCUCAAGUAUUUAAGAAAAGGAUGCAAGAAACUGAAAUACUUAAAUUUGAUGUACUGCAAGAAAAUAUCAAAGAACGCUGCCCAGAAACUUCAGCGACAUAUUCUGCAAGUAGAAUACAGUAACGAAGAUGUCCCUAGAUAUUUUAAUUAUUGAUUAACUUAAUUGUAGAGAUUCUGUACAUGCCUGCAUAAACUUACAUUUAUUUUGUUAUCAUACUCAUUCAUUUUACAUGUAAAUGUUAUUGUUAAUGCUUUUUAUUCUGAUAAUAGAUUACAGUUGGUCGAUUUAAGUUAUAAAAAUGUAGCAUUAUCUUAAGACUGUUGAAGUGUAUAAAUAUAAUUUUUGUAUAUAGGUAGGCUUAUAUUUUGUAUAUUGAUUUAUUUAAGUAUAUUGUAUGUGUAAAAUCUGUGAUAUUUGGAUAUAUUUAUAUUCCAUAUUGUUAUUAUACCCAACUGCUGAUAAAUAAGAAGCAAGAUCUUUUUGUUAAGGUUUUUUUUAAAUAGAUGACAAAACAAAUGGUUAAUUGACAGUAAACAAUAUUUUUGUGUCUGUUUU